ACAAAGUAGGAACAUGACACGUGGCCUCUCAAAGAGAAGGUCUGAGCUUUCAUUCAGCAAUUAUUAUCCGUCUGGGCUGAACUGAACCACACGGUGCCUCUCAGACAGACAUUAGGAGACCACAUCACCUGCUGGUUUAAGAUUCAGCCAAUUAUGUAUGUGUCAACCUGCAGAACAGGCUGCAAGGGCGUUAAAUACAAGGAAGUACGAAUCGAGUCUGUAUGAGUCCACAACUGAAGUGAACGUCAGAUGACAUGUCUGUAAGGAUAGGCUAGGCUAAGCUAGUAUUUGUUAAUUGCAAAGCGAGUAUGGCUGUAAAUACGGCCCCAAAUAUAGUUAUAAUAGGAUGCGGGAUUGCAGGUGUAUCAGCGGCACACAUGCUCGUGAAAGCUGGAUUUCAUCACGUGCAGAUACUGGAAGCGACUUCAAGAAGCGGGGGACGAAUAAAAACAGGCACAUUGGGUAAAAACAUUACUGAGAUAGGUGCAAGUUAUAUCCACGGUCCAUCUGAGGAGAACCCACUGUUUUGUCUGGCUCGAGACUAUGGCCUCCUGGAUCCAGAGGCCCUCACUCCAGACAACCAGGCCAUUGACGUGAAUGAACGUCCUCCCUGGGUUCCCAACUGGUUCAGCAGUUCAGGUCAGAGGCUGAGUGCUGAACACAUGAGUACAGCUGUGGAGAUGUUUUAUGAGCUGGUGGAUGAUACUUCACAGUUUGAGAAUCAAAAGGAAACACCCUGGGCCAGCGUAGGACAUUUCAUGCGAUCAGAGGCACGACAGCGAGCAGCAGAGAAGUGGAAAGAUGAGGAUGAAACCACCAGGGAGCUGCUACUGUGUGCAGUCAGUACCAUGUUGAAGGUGGAGUGCUGCGCCAGUGCGACUCACACCAUGGAUGAGAUAGACCUGGCGGGAUUUUGGAUGUACAAGAGUCUAGCUGGACUGGACUGCACAUUGCCAGGUGGCUAUGAAGGCCUCAUCAGGAGCUUGAUGUUGGAGCUCCCCACUGAUUUAGUGACCUACAAUCGGCCUGUGCACUGUGUCCACUGGUGUAACACAGAGAACCCUGAAGUAAACUCAGUGACCGUUGAGUGUGAUGAUGGGGAGAGGAUUGCUGCUGAUCACGUUAUUGUCACAGUGCCUCUAGGAUACCUAAAGAAGCACCAUUCAACCCUGUUCUGUCCUCCUCUCCCUGCACACAAGCUGCUCUCCAUCCAGAAACUAGGAUUUGGAACAUGCAACAAAAUAUAUGUAGAGUUUGAAUCACCAUGGUGGGAUGCUGACUGUGAGGUCAUCUACCUGGUCUGGAAAGAUGAGGAGGAUGUUUUGGACCAGGUGUCAGAUAUAAAGAAAUCCUGGAUAAGGAAGAUGUCAGCUUUCACUGUGCUCAAACCUUCUGAAAGAUAUAGCCAUGUUAUCUGUGGCUGGAUCGCUGGGCAUGAGUCUGAGUAUAUGGAGACGCUUCCUGAGCAGGAGGUCAGACGUUCCAUCACGGAGCUCAUCUGUACAUUCACAGGUAACCCCACCAUCACCCCAAGGAGAAUCCUGCGUUCCCAGUGGUUUCAAGACCCCUGGACAUGCGGAUCCUACAGUCACCCAGCAAUAGGCUGUUCAGCGCAGGACCUGGAGAACAUGAUGGAGCCCCUGCCCACGAAGGGAUCGCAGUCACAGCCCCUGCAGGUGUUGUUUGCUGGAGAGGCUACUCAUCCCUGCUACUACUCCACCGUCCAUGGAGCUGUCCUCACUGGGUGGAGAGAAGCUGAUCGACUCAUCUCUCAUUAUUCCUACGUCAGUCCAUGUAGCCAACCAGAUUAAAAAUUUUAGAAGAUG